UCUUCCAAGGUUCACCUUGUAUCGACUACAUAAAGAGAAAGACGGUUCAGCUUUCGGGAGACGCCCUGAAUUUGCCCACUUCCCCAUAGCUAUACACAGAGAACGCCCUUUCUCCUACAGCUUCAAAACAAGCGGUGCGUCAAUAUGGCCAAACUCACAUCCUACAAUAUCGCCAUCGCUCUUGUCGUCACUCUCGGCGGCUUCAGCUUCGGCUUCGGCAGUUCUUCAUUCAUCACCAGCAUCGGUCAGCCAGGAUUUUAUCUGUAUUUCAAUCUGGACCCGGCCAGUUCACACACGGCCAGCAUCAUCACUGCCAUCAAUGCACUCUACUGCUUUGGAGCAGCCGUCGGCUCUAUAGGUCAGAGCUGGUUUGCCGACAAAUGGGGACGCAAGAAGGCGUUGCUUCUCGCGGGCGUUAUCGCGCUCGUAGGUAACGCAUUGGUGGCUGGAUCAGUUGCCAUUGGCAUGAUGAUAGCAUGCCGCAUCAUUCAAGGCUGUGGUCUGGGAGCACUCCUGGCCUUGGUGCCCAUCUACCUUGCCGAAGUUGCUCCUCCACGUUCGAGGGGUCUUUUGACGGGACUUACCGUCUUAUCAUUUGGGUUCGGCUUUGUUGCGUGUGCCUGGAUAGCAGUAGGCUGUUAUCACGCAAAGAAUCUCACCUUGAGCUGGCGUCUCCCACUUUCCCUUUCCUGCGUCCCGCAGCUGUUCCUGCUUCCCGGCUUGCUUUUUGUUCCUGAAUCGCCGCGUUUUCUCAUUUGGCGCAACGAGCUAGAUGAGGCUUGGAGAAUACUCAAACGACUGCACCACGACCCUGAGUGUUCGACAGAUGAAGACGCUCGCACCGAGUUCACUCAAAUUGUGAGACAGGUCGAUGUCGAAAAUGAAGAGAAGGCUACAUUCAUUCAAAUGUUCAAAAAGCCAUCGUGGAGACGCAGGUCUUUGUUGGUGCUCUUUCUCCUAUUCGCUGUGCAGUCCACAGGAGUUAACGGCGUCACCAAUUACCUCCCUGUCAUAUUCGCUUCUCUCGGACUAGACACCGGCAUGUCGCUAAUACUUUAUGCCGUUCACACAACCUGUGGAACCAUUUUCGUGGCACUUAGCCUCCUUGUGGUGGAUAAAUUUGGUCGUCGAACCCUGUUCAUCAUCGGCUUUGCCUCUCUUGCGUGUAUUGGCCUUGGUGAAGCUCUUCUCCAAUGGAAGUACGUCGGCACAGACGACAAAGCUGGGAAUGCGGCCUGUGUCCUCUUCAUAUUUCUCUUCAUCGCAUUCUACCAGUGUGUUGAUGCUCCAUCUGUUAUCUGGGCGGCCGAAAUUUUUCCCACCAGUCUCAGAGCCAAAGGGGUCAGUCUUGCAGUGUUUGCGUUUUUCGCCGGCACAAUCACGUUUGGUGUCCCCGCUGCGGUGGCAUUCCAAAGCAUUGGCUGGCGUAUGUACCUCAUCUAUGCCGGGCUCUCAGUUGUUUCUCUUGUCCUGACCAUCUUCUACAUUCCCGAGACCAAACUCAUCCCUAUGGAGGAGAUUGGGGCUCUGUUUGGAGAUCAUGUCGUAACCCACAUGACUGCCAAUGGACAAGCUCUAGUUGAGGAGGAGAAGGCCGGAGAGACACAUCUCGAAAUGGCGAAGCCUGCGGCAAGUUAAGGCUUGAAUAGAGUGGUUGAAUAGGCGUGAAGGAUAUUUGCCAAAAAUCAGUGAAAUGUAGCCUCACUGAUCG